UCUGCCGGGGAUUUGCCAAAUCCCGAACUGAUUACAUACCUUAUCGAAUCUUUCCAUCUUAAAAGUUUCCAUAAGCAGUUGUUUUUUGAUUGAGCGCAUUAAAAACAAUCCCAACUGACUAAAAAUAAGUUUAUUGUGCCAGCGAUGCUGGAGAAAUUGUAUGCUAUGAAUCUCCCUUGUAACGCAUCGGCAAAGACCUUGUACAUCGCCAUCGGCUGCGGCAUCGUUGCGGCACUGUUCAUCGCAUCCCUCAACAGCGGUGCGCCCGAGUUUUACCCCACCUGGCACGUCAGCGACUUCGACUUCCUACCUGAUGCUGACGCCCGGCCGCUUUCCGACGACGGACCCUUUAUCCCGGACAUCACCGACGACACGAUCGUCGACGCCACACCCAACGACUACCCCGUCCAUUUCGUGCGCUUCUACGCCAACCCGCCUGGCGUCAACGACAGCUUAUGCUGGAUCCACUGUCUCAGUUUACUGUCGGUGAUGAUGUACAUCCAACCGCAACAUAUCUACCUCCACACCAACUACCCCGAUUUCUGGCCGUUCGACCCGUGCAACACCCUCAUCUCUAACUGGAGUACGGUACAGGUGGUGGCCGCCCGGCGGCGCUAUGUCAUCGGCCGGUUCGGCCUCAGUCGGGAAGAGCGGGCCAUCCGCCACGAGGCGGAUAUCGGGAAGCUGUACGCUCUCGUCAAACACGGCGGUAUCGCGCUGGAUUUUGAUGUAUACAUGAUGCCUAACAUCACCAACUUGUUAAGCCAUCUGCAGACAUAUGAAUGCAUUGCUAGCCAGGAGAACCUGGAUUUUAUGAAUAUCGGAUUUCUGGCGUGUCGGAAGGGCGCUGCUUAUGUACGCGAUUUCUUGAUGGAGUACAUCAAAGAUUAUCGAUCAUACGCGUGGGUACAUAAUUCCGGCUUUGUGCCCAUGCAGCUCUACAAGACGAAGCACAAUGCCACGGUUUACAUGGACGAUAUGAUAUCAACGAAUCCCAAUUGGUACGGGAGGGAGGACAUGUCAAAAGCCGUCGGCCGAGUCAAUUGGCGCAUCAAGCCGGCUUAUCAUGCGUUCUUUACCGACUGCUCCGUAACGGCCAGCGCUCUUAACAAUGCCAAUACGAGCUUGUUGCAGCUGUUUUCGUCCAUUGUAAACGAUGCGGCUGGGCGUCGAUUAACUGGUUAAUCAAAUACGGUUUAAAUGUGUGAAGAAAAUGUCUGCAAAAGUACAACAUCUCUU